GUAAGAGAGUUUAGGCUUGUGGUGCGGCAGUGUUGUGGCUACCCUCGAGGAGGACAGAUGGCGUCGGAUAGCAGCGGUCCGCUCCUUUACAACGCCAAUGAUUCGGAGAAUGCCACACACGAUGAGAUAUGGGAUGAUACUUUAUUGAUCCAGCAGUACGAUCAGGCUAUGGCCCAGGUGCGACAAAAGCUACAUCGAAGGUUAUCGGGCACAAACACAACCGAAAGUGAACAGUCUACAGAAUUACUACAGAAAACUGUGGAACAUCUUUCUGAAAACAAGAGUCAGGGUGCCAAUGUUGCCAAGAAGAAGAAAAAGAAGAGGAACAAAAAAAAGACUGACUGGAAUGUAGGAGAUGCCUGUCGUUGCCAGUACAGUGGUGAUGGGAUCUGGUAUGAGGGAACAGUCAUUGCUGUGAACUCUGAGGGUGGUUCAUGCACUGUCCGGUAUGUAGGGUAUAACAAUGAAGAAGAGGUACCAUUGCAUACACUUGCAAAAUCUAAAGGAGAAGCAGCUCGUCAUAGACAGAGAGAUAUUGCUGAUGAUGGGCAGUCGGAGCAAAGUGACUUGGGUAGUUCUGUGAUCGAGAGCGACAUGCAAUCUGACACAGAUGUUGAGCGCACCCACAAAAGACACAGAGCACCCCAUACGCAUCGUUCUCAGUCAGGAUCGAUGCCACCACCAAAUUUUCCAACAGGUGGAAGUCAGUUUGCACCACCACCUCACCUGCCACACCUUCCGCCCCCACCAGCUCUUACGAUGGACCUGACGAGUGAUCCUCAGACUUCUGAAGCGCUCCACACCAUGUUGAUGAGCUGGUACAUGACAGGUUACCAUACUGGGUAUUAUCAGGGUCUUCGACAAGCACAAACUAGGAAGUUGCGCAAGUGAUGGUGUGUGUUCAUGUUUAGCUGAAAGUUCAUUUUCAGUGGUAUGUAUUCCUCCUCCUCCUCACCCUUUACAACAUGUAAAGAAUACAUGAACUAAAUAAUAAUGUCAUGGAGGCUUUAUUAGAAAUUAAUUUCAUUAUUAGGAACUCAUUAUUAAUCUCAAUUAGGAACUUAGGAGGAUCUUGUUUCUUAUUCUUAACAUUAUAUUGGUGGAUUUUUUUACUGUGGAAAUUUUCAAUUAAGUAAUUUUUCUUUUAACAAAGGAUUCCUAUUUAAAUGUGUGAUGUUCAAUUAUAGCUACAUUCAGCAACACGAGAAACUGUUAAAAAUAAAUAUUAAAAGUGUCAACAAAAAGUUUUUAAUUGAUAAAAACCGUGAUUCUACCGCUUCCCAUUCUCAGAAUGAGGCACACUAGCACUGUCCCGGGGCUGUGAUACCUAGUACUAGCUUUAACAAUAAUGUUUCGAGAAUAGAAAAUCUCUUAUAUUGUUUUCACAUAGCCAAAUACUGUGUUAUAUUUUUGAAAAGUUUAUGUUGUACAAGCAGUGUACUGGAAAGAUAGUUGAUUCAAAUUUCUGAAUUAGCUGUA